GUAGAUUCGCAAUCGCAACUCACCAACCCCACUCCAAAAAGGAUGACCCAGGGCCAGUGACCCUAUAAUUCAAAGAUAUGUACUUAUCCUCCCUGCCCAUUUGACUCCAACUUUCAAUGCUUCCUUCUUCUCCCAAGUUCAAUCUCUUUCGUUUUGUAUUGACUGUUCAAUAUGAAUUUGUUGGAAAAAAUGCCCAUAAUGCAGAAGAAGGAAUCACAAGAGGUGAAAAAUGUAGAAAAAGUGAACCCAAUUUGGUGGGUUGAAACCUCUGAAUCCAUCUCUCGCCAUUUUCAGUUUGACCCAGAUGGUCAUCUUUCUGUAAAAGUGCUCGAGGAUUCUAGACCUGUAUUAAAACGAUUCACUGAUUCCUUCCUCAAUACAUUCUUUCCCACGGGCUAUCCAUAUAGUGUGAAUGAGGGUUAUCUUAAGUAUACACAAUUCCGAGCUCUACAACAUUUUACCAGUGCUACAUUAUCUGUUCUCUCAACUCAGUCACUGCUAUUUGCUGCAGGGUUACGACCGACACCUGCACAAGCAACUGUAGUUAGCUGGAUUUUGAAAGAUGGUAUGGAGCAUGUCGGAAAACUGAUUUGCAGCAACCUCGGUGCCAGGAUGGAUUCAGAACCAAAACGCUGGAGGAUUUUUGCUGAUGUUCUAUAUGACUUGGGCACUGGAUUGGAAGUUAUGUCUCCAUUAUGCCCACAUCUGUUUCUACAAAUGGCUGGCCUGGGUAAUUUCGCAAAGGGAAUGGCAGUUGUUGCUGCUAGAGCCACGCGAUUGCCAUUAUAUUCUUCAUUUGCUAAAGAAGGAAACCUCAGUGAUUUGUUUGCUAAAGGGGAGGCCAUAUCCACACUGUUCAAUGUUAUUGGUAUUGGGGCAGGGAUCUCGCUGGCUUCAACCGUGUGUUCAUCUAUGCAAGGAAAGAUUAUUGUUGCUCCAAUCCUUUCGGUCUUGCAUGUAUGUAGUGUUGUAGAAGAAAUGAAAGCCGUUCCUGUCAACACAUUGAAUUCACAAAGAACGGCUAUGCUAGUGGCCGAUUUUGUAAAGAUGGGUAAGAUAUCGACCCCAGCUGACCUUAGAUACAAAGAAGACCUUUUGUUUCCGGGGCGUCUCAUAGAAGAUGCUGGAAAUGUUAAAGUCGGAAGACCUUUACAUAAGGUUUCUAAACCCUCAAAAUUCCGAAAAUGGAAAGAAAUGUUUCCCGAAGAAAAGUUUGUUUUGAGCAGAGGCAACAAAUGGACCGACAUGGUGUUGGACCAAGAUGCCACCGGUGAAGAUGCUUUAAGAGGAUGGUUAAUUGCUGCGUAUGCUUCAAACAUCGAACAAUCUUCUGAUGACCUCAACCCGAGCUGCUUGAUUGAGGCCUUUGAGAAAAUGGAGAAUGUGUUCCCUGAGUUUUUGUCUGAACUUCAGAGCAAGGGAUGGCAUACGGAUCGCUUUCUCGAUGGAACAGGAAGCCGUUUUACGUCUUAGUAAUAUCUUCAUUUUUUUCACUACAUCUCUUUAAUUAUCUCUUUUAUUGACGGGCUAGGCAUUGUCGUUCUCCCUGGAUGAUAGUCGAGUGAUCUUUACAGUUAUCAAUGAGCAGAUUAGCAACCCUAAUUACUUAUUUAUGGGUUGCAAAUGUAGCUUAAGUAUAACUUUCCUUGAGAUCUUAUACAUAAUAUUAGUCACUACAACUUACGGCUUACCAUAAUACCCUAUUUUCUCUGCCCCUUUAAAAUAGCCUUCAAUUUUCAUUUAAGGCUAUUCUUUUUAUUUUUCAUAUUUUUCUUUUAUCAA